UUUAUUUAAAGCGAUAAAAGACGAUAUGUAUAUGCAUAAGUUGUAUACAAACACUCGAAUGUUUCACAGGAUCGAUAAAAGUACUGACAUACUAGUUACAAAUAUAGUCAUUUGCGGAUUAUAAGGAAGGAAGAAGGAUCGUAUAAUUAUUUAUUCGUAGAAGUCACUAUUAUCAAAUAUAAUAGGAGAGACUGAAAGAAAGAGGUACACCAUGAGGAACAAUUAUUUACAAUGUUUGUGUUUACCUCUUUUAGUGUCACCAAUACAUACGUCGUUUUCAGCACAUAGAGAAACGAGUCAUUUAAGAAUAGGAGCCUUUAACGUGCGGAUAUUUGGAGACAGUAAAAUGGCGAAGACCAGCGUGGUAAAAGUGCUUGUGGACAUAAUAAUGAGGUAUGACAUCGUUCUCAUACAGGAAAUACGUGAUGCAUCCGGAGAUGCAAUAGAAGAGUUGUUAACUAAAAUCAAUGACAAAAGUCCUGAAAACACAUUCGCUAUGAAACUUAGUCCGAGACUUGGGCGAAGCAGUAGCAAAGAACAGUACGCCUUUCUCUAUAUAGAAAAGUCGGGCUUAAAAGUGGAUCGUGAUUAUGUAUAUGAUGAUGGAGAUGAAACACUAAAUACGGACACAACUAAGGUUGAUACAUUUGAAAGAGAACCGUAUGUUGUUUUGUUUGAGUCUUCAGCAACAAAGUUAAAACGAUUUGCCUUUGCAGGUUUGCACAUUGCGCCGUCAGAUGCAGUUAAAGAAUUGCAAGCACUAGAAAAUGUGUUUGAUGAUAUUAAGGAGCUGAAAAUCGACGAUAUAAUGAUCAUGGGAGAUUUCAAUGCGGAUUGUUCCUAUGUUCCAAACUACAAAUGGGAAACUAUACCGAUAAAAAGUAAUCCGUUAUAUACUUGGUGGAUAGGCGAUGAGGCCGAUACAACAGUUGCAAACACCAACUGUGCAUACGACAGGUUCGUGUCUAUAGGUCAAGGGUUCGAAACAGGUGUGGUCAGUGGCAGCGCAAAUGUGUAUAAAUUUGAUAGUGCAUUUCAAUUAAACCAAACAUUUUCGUUGGAAGUUAGUGACCAUUAUCCCAUAGAAUUUGAGCUCACAAACGACUCGGACACAUGUGAUGCUCAUGAAGACGUAUGUGACUAACAUACUUUUAUUAGUUAUACAGUGUGUAGUAUUACGUCGUCAGUUUUACCCCUUUUAAACUGUUUUAACUUCAGUGGACUCUGCUUGAUAAAUACAACUAAAAUAAUUACAGGCUGUUUGUUUUGAGGGCGCAUAAUGGACUAUUUUCGAUAAAAUAGAUAAAGAAGACCCAUUUUUGUUGAGAUGAUGAUCUAGAAUUGUCAUUUUAUGCAAAAGAAGUUUAAAAUUUAGAAAGACGUGAAUGUCUUAGGCUAAUCAACUAGCAGGUAGUAAUAGUUGUUGACAUUUUAUUGGUAAGAAGUACAUUUUUUGUCUGGAUUUAUUUAAUUUAGUAAAGGAGCCAUAUGUACAUGAAAGUGGCAGAUGGGAAGAUGGAAACAACAUGUAAGCGUCCCUUUUGAUCAGAGAAAAUGUUUAUUUUGUAAUAUAUCAGAGGAUGAAUACCAGUUUAUUAUUGAAUGCUCUCUUAAUAUUGAUUUAAGGUAUAAGUACAGUAGGAGAUACUAUUGGUUUCAUCUUAAUUAGAUCAAGUUCAUUAAUCUAAUUAAAAUUGAAAAUUUGACUGAUCUAACAAAACUGUCAGCCUAUGUAUACAAGGCGUUUGAUUAAGGGAACGUUUUGAAUUCAAUGUAGCAAUCCUUUAUAAAUGUUAUUACAAAUUUAUGUAAUUUUGUAACACUAUAUAGUUGAUACUUGUCAUAAUAUUACAGGCUCUCACUCUUUCACAGAUGUAACAAAUACUUGGUAUGAUGAGUGCAUCUAUUGAUAUAUUAGAUACCAACUUGGUUAAACAUCUUGUAUAUUUUCAAUGUGAUUUCUUCUGUGGUUCUGUUAUAUUGAUGCAUGUACACGGGCCAGACUUGGCUUAAAGGGACUGGACUCCAGAUUGUUCGAAUUCGACAAUAAAAAAAAAUAUUUAUUUUUUAGAUAUCUGGAAAUAAAUGUUAUAUUAUUGGGUUACCACUGUCCAACAUUUAUUACAACACAAGUGUUAUGUUUUGACCUUUCGUUUCACCGACCGUAUAUUAUGAAACUCCCUGAAUUGAAGAACUAUAUUUAUCUUUUAUUGGAAACCGGACUCUUUUAGAGUGAAAACAUCUAGCGUUUUUGACUGGUGGUUCAGGUGAUCCGGCACAUGUUAUACUGCAAGAAAUCUAACUUUAAUUACAUCAUACAGUAUAGCUGUUUAAAAUUUUAAUAUGUAAUGAUUGCAUAUCCAAUUACGAAUUACGAAUAAUAGUUAAAUUUGAAAGUGGUAUGUUAAGACAGCAAACACAUUGUACCUCUUUUUGUGUUUCCUUUUUCCAUAGAAAGCUGUUUUUCUUUGAGAGGUACUCAUUUCGCUGGAUUGGAUCAUGUCAAAUCUAUACCUGCAUAUAACAAAUUCAUUAAUAAAAUCUGUAAAAUGUUCCUUUGGAAGCAUAGAAUGCAACCAAGCAAAAUAAUAGCAGACUCGGUUUGACUGAGUCUGUUCAUGAGAUGUAUUCGAAAGUGCAACACCUCUCACGCCCCCUAGCACUGGCUUUUAAAAGCGGAAUUCUAUUACAAAGAUAUUGAAUGUACUCCAUGAUCCCAAAGGACCAGAAAAUGUAACAACACUUGCUCAUGAUGCGCAUUGCUUAAAUUUUUUCACGUCAUCCGUAUCCGAUAUAAAAUGUUUUGGUUUUUUAUCUCCUUGUAGUGUUUACAUUUAUACAGGGGAGGGGCGGAGUAUCCGGCUCAAUGCUAACAUAAUAUUAUAUCGAGUUUCAAAAAGCAGCCUUUCCUUAAUUCAAAAAUGCCUAACAUGUUAAUCAAAAUCGUUUUGCAUUAUCAAGUAGUUGUAGUUAACCUGGCAGACAUAUUACAUAUGUUGGGUGUCAUUUAGAUUCAGUGUGUAUACCAUCGUCAUUUAAAUGUUUAUUAUAGAAUAUAGAACGCAGUAAUACAGCAUUUCCCUGCUAAAUGUAAACAAUUUGAUAUAAAACCUAAAAUAUUAUGUCAGUUAUUUGACGCUUUUUUAGGUUCGAUACUAAAUUAUGCUUCGGAAAUAUGGGGGUAUACAAAAUCUAAAGAGAUAGAACGUUUACAUUUAAAGUUUUGUAAAAGACUAUUACAAGUCAAAAUAAAUAUGUGUAAUGCUGCAGUGUAUGGAGAAUUAGAUAGAUACCCUCUAUAUAUUGUUAGAUAUGUAAGAAUUAUUAAAUAUUGGUUUAAACUUGUAUAUAGUAAUAACAUUAUUCUUAAAACAAUAUACAAUAUGGCAUUAGACGAUUGUAAUAGUGGUUGUAUAAACUGGGUAUCAAAUGUUAAGAAGUUACUAAAUGAUUAUGGAUUUUCAUAUGUGUUUGAUAUACCUGAUACUAUUCAUAUUGAUAAAUUCAUACAUGAUUUUCGCUUAAGAAUAAUUGAUACAUAUAAACAGGAAUGGAAUAUAAGUGUCAAUAAUAGUUCAGUACUAGAUAUGUAUAGAAUGUUUAAAACAAGUCAUGAUUAUGAAUGCUAUUUAGACGUACUACCUCGAAGUCUUAGAUUUUAUUUUGUUAGACAGACUUUCUGCUCAUCCUUUAAGAAUACAAACGGGAAGAUAUUUACGUAACAAUAUUCCACGAAAUGAACGUUAUUGUUUGUGUUGUAAUAAACGAGACUUAGAGGAUGAAUUUCAUUUUAUUUGUAUUUGUCCAUAUUAUCAGCAAAUACGUAAAAAAUAUAUUAAGCGACAGUGUUUUGUAAAUCCAUCAGUUUUUAAGUUCCAUUCACUACUAAAUUCGACCAACAAAGAUGAGCUUAUUAAUGUGUGUAAAUAUAUCAAAGAGGCAAUCAAAAAAAAGAAAUUUAGUUAUUAAUAAUACAUUAUAAAGAACCCAUGUCAUUGUAUUCUCACUUCCUUUGUUAAUUACAUAAUAUUUGAUUAUACGUUAUAUGUCUAGGUAUUGUUUUCUCUUUUCUAUUUAAUAACAUGUUUGUUACUUUCUUUAAAAUUGUAUGAACGUGACUAUGUAUAUUGUAAUGUUGGUGUUUAGACGAUGUACGAUGUACAAGUCUCAAUAAAAUUCUGUUCUGUUC